AGAGGAGCGUGGUCUUCUCUCGGUCGGCGCCAUGGCGUGUGCUCGUCCACUGAUAUCGGUGUACUCAGAAAAGGGAGAAUCAUCUGGCAAAAAUGUUACUCUGCCAGCUGUGUUCAAGGCUCCCAUUCAGCCGGAUAUCGUGAACUUCGUUCACACCAACUUGCGCAAAAACAACAGGCAGCCCUAUGCCGUCAGCGAAUUGGCAGGUCAUCAGACCAGUGCUGAGUCUUGGGGUACUGGUAGAGCGGUGGCUCGAAUUCCCAGAGUUAGAGGUGGUGGGACUCAUCACUCUGGCCAAGGUGCUUUUGGAAAUAUGUGUCGUGGAGGCCGCAUGUUUGCACCAACCAAAACCUGGUGGCGUUGGCACCGUGGAGUGAACACAACUCAGAAGCACUAUGCCAUUUGCUCUGCCCUGGCUGCCUCGGCCUUGCCUGUGCUGGUCAUGUCAAAAGGUCAUCGUAUUGAGGAAGUUCCUGAGCUUCCUUUGGUGGUCGAAGAUAAAGUUGAGGGCUACAAGAAGAUCAAGGAGGCUGUCCUGCUUCUUAAGAAACUUAAGGCCUGGAAUGAUAUCAAAAAGGUCUAUGCCCCCCAGCGAAUGAGAGCUGGCAAAGGUAAAAAGAGAAAUCGACGUCACAUCCAGCGCAGGGGACCAUGCAUUGUCUAUAAUGAGGAUAAUGGUAUCAUCAAGGCCUUCAGAAAUAUCCCUGGAAUUACUCUGCUUAAUGUAAGCAAAUUGAACAUUUUGAAACUUGCUCCUGGUGGGCAUGUGGGCAGAUUCUGCAUUUGGACUGAAAGUGCUUUUCGAAAGUUAGAUGAGCUGUAUGGCACUUGGCGGAAAGCUGCUUCCCUCAAGAGCAACUACAACCUUCCCAUGCACAAGAUGAUGAAUACAGACCUCAGCAGAAUCUUGAAAAGCCCAGAGAUUCAGAGGGCCCUCCGAGCACCACACAAGAAGAUUCAUCGCAGAGUCUUGAAGAAGAACCCACUGAAAAAUCUAAGAAUCAUGUUGAAGCUUAAUCCAUAUGCAAAGACGAUGUGCCGAAAUACCAUUCUGCGCCAGGCCAGAAAUCACAAACUCCGGGUGGCUAAGGUGGCUAAAGCACUGGAGGCCAAAUCUGAUAAGAAGAGGGCUCCUCCAAGCAAGAAGCCUGUGGUAGGGAAGAAAGGAGCAGAGAAAGCUGCUGUUGAUGUGAAGAAGCCCAAGAAGCCUGCAGUGGGCAAGAAGGGUGCAGCGGGAAAGAAGCCUACAGCCACCAAGAAACCAGCAGCUCAAAAGAAGCCUGCAGCAUAA